AAUCCCGUUGCGAAAUCAAGCACGUAUGUUGUCAUUUUCGCAACGACCCGUUGUUAUAUUUUUCAACAACGGCUGUUGGUGAAUUGUGCACGAACGUGCUCAAAUUGACACCGAGACGUGGUCAACUUUCGGUACCAACAACAGCCGUGCUUAAUUUGUCCAUUUGUAAUAUUGGUAAUUGCAGCCGAUUACACACGAGUAAAAAAUGACAACGGUGGUGCAUGAUUCACACACGGUCGUUGUCAAUAUGACACCGGUCGUGUAUGAAUUAUGCACCACCACCUGCAUAAUGAUGCACCACCGUUGUUACUUUGUACACCGACGUGCAUGAAUCGUACACGAUCGUUGCCAUUUUAGCAACUACCGUGUAUGAAUCAUGCACCACCGUUGUCAUUUUUUUUACUCGUGUGCAAUCGGCUGCAUAUUUACCAUUUUUUCCGUGUUAUUGAAAGAGAAAGGACGCAUUGUGCAAAAAAUUUAUUGAAAAUGAAUAAUAAUUCGCAAGAUCCUCAAAAUAUCAUUGGUGAGUUGUUAGAAAUCGAUGGCAAUAUUGUUGUGGUUCGCGAUACAAACCAUUGCAGCAGUCAAGAUGCGGAAAACAAUGAGGACGAUUAUAUGUUAAGGGAGUUCUUAAAAGGAAUAAAUAUGGAGUCGCUUUUUGAACAAUUAAAAGCAUCACAUGUAACAUUUCGCAGCUUGCAGUACUUGAAAAAAGAAGAUUUAAAGGAAGCAGUGCCACCAUUGGGACUGCGUGUUGAAUUCAGAGAAAAGCUCUUUGCUUGGAAAAAACGAAAGCUCGGGAUUGAUGACGAAACUAUGUCAGUUCCAUCUAAAAUAGGUGAAUGGUGGAAACGCAACGAGACACCUGCAAGUACUCCUGGUACUCCCGACACUACAGGUUCGAACUGCUCAAAAGCCAAAGGAAUUUUGUCAGAGGAUCUAACGGAAUUGUUAACACAUACCUCGAAGGGGAAACUAGCGCUUGAAUGUAGUAGCGUUAAUAAGAAAUUAAGUGACGAGCAAAGAGAUGAUAUAAUUAAUAUAAUUAUUGAAGAUAUUUUAACCAACAAUGUUACUCUUUACACUCAAGACUAUAUGCGCAUAUUGGAUGAAAUUUGUUCCGUUUUUCCUCUUGAAAACGAAAUGAGGGAUUAUUAUUACAUUUCAAGAAAAGGAAAGAACAACGCAAGCGGAAAACUUUAUGCCAAGUAUAGAAACAAGAAGUCCAAAAGAAUAAAGCUUUUGAUUUCCGAGCCUAGCACAAGCAAAGCAGCAACUCACACAUCUCCUAAUUUUUGUAACAAAGAUGUUCCCGAAAUUGAUGAAUCAGUUGAAAAUUCAUUGAAAGCUUCCUUACUAAGAGAAUGUAAUGAUUGGGGAUCGAUCUGCGAAAAAUGGAAAAGAUCUUUUAACAUACGGCAAAGAGAUAUAAAAAUUUAAGUAGCCAUACAUUUCUCCUUGAAUGGACGAAGUUGUCCGAUGCAAGAGCUUCAGAAUUGGUAAGUAGCCAUGAGCUAUUUAUUUGUAUAUGGAUACUAAUGUUUCGUUUUAGGUCAACAUUGAUUUCGAUAUUAUGUAUCCACAGAAAGGCAAUCUUCUACUUUCUAAAUGGGACCAAUUUAAGAAAAAAAUUUACAAUUAUUAUGGGAAAAAUAUUCAUAACGAACAUUGCAAACAACUCUUCGCAAAUGUUUUGACGGCAAGCAGCAUAGGUAAAUUUUAAUUCCUGAUUUAUCAUAAACAUUAAAAGUAAUAUUUAUUUUAUAUUUCGGUUGCAGAUGCUCAAGAUUAUAUAUACGCAAUACUGUUGAAUUCAGUUUUACCAUCACCUGCUAGGUUUAAAUGUGGAAACGGUAAAUUACGAAAAAAAGUAACAAUAGCUGAUUCGCAGGAAAGUUUCGUACUGCGACUACCGACAAUUAACGAUUAUAAAAGGCAAAUUGAUACAGUCACUGAAAAGUAUUACAAUGCUGGAUUAACUAUACAGCCAUUUAUAAUUGUGGAGGGUUUGUCCGAUUUCAAUAUAAAAGGUUUUUAUGUUUUUUUUAACCACAAUUUGUUAAAAUUUCAAUCGUUCCUCGAAUGUUUAGAUACAUGUUUUAAAAUUUUUCAUGCACUUUCUUUAAAAUAUCCAAAUGCCUGCCAAAUUCCAUGGAUUUUUAUCCAAAAAUAUUUUUAUGAAAUUAAUACUGUAUAUGAUAUAAAAUCAGUUAAUUUGACUUCACUUAUUAAUUUCUGCAACAAUAAUUAAAGUACAAUUCAAAAUGUAUAUUUGCUUUCGUUGCCGUAAGCAUUUUGAUAAGGCAAAUCUUUUAAUAGCUCAUUUGAAAACAGACCAUUUAAUGUCCACUAAAUUUUUAAAAGUACAAUGCGUUCAGGACAACUGUAAGCAAACAUUUACAAAAUUUACGUCAUUCAGAAUUCAUUUAGAAAAACUUCACAAGAAUCACACAAAAGCUCCACCAAUGGUUAAAGCCAUUAAUGUGCCAGUUGAAAUGUCAUCAUCAAAAGAAAAUGAUUAUACA